AUGGUCCCCAGCCUCAAGCUCUGUCUCGUCGCCCUCCUCGGCGCAGCCUCUGUCCAGGCUGCCCCAGCAUCUGACAUCGUGCCUACUGCCGCCUCCGCGCUGGAACGCCGGGCGUCCAGCUGUACCUUCACUGGCUCCAAGGGCGCCGCCUCCGCUAUCAAGGCCAAGAAGUCCUGCUCGACCAUCACUCUGAACAAUGUCGCCGUGCCCGCCGGAACAACCCUCGAUCUCACUGGGCUGAACAAGGGAACAAAGGUCAUCUUCGAAGGCGAAACCACCUUCGGAUACAAGGAAUGGUCCGGACCCCUCGUCUCCGUCUCCGGAACCGACAUCACCGUCUCAGGCGCCUCUGGCGCCGUCCUGAACGGCGACGGUGCCCGCUGGUGGGACGGUAAAGGCACGAACGGUGGCAAGACGAAGCCCAAGUUCUUCUACGCGCACAAGAUGAUCAAUUCCAACAUCCAGAAUCUGAAGGUCAAGAACUCGCCUGUCCAGGUUUUCAGCAUCAACGGUGCUAGCGAGCUCACCCUGAACAAAAUCACCAUCGACAAUGCCGAUGGUGAUAGCAAGGGUGGCCACAACACUGAUGCUUUUGAUGUUGGUUCGAGCACUGGUGUCUAUAUUACCAACCCUACUGUUCACAAUCAGGAUGAUUGCUUGGCUGUUAACUCCGGCAAGAACAUUCAUUUCACUGGUGCUACUUGCACUGGCGGACACGGUAUCUCUAUCGGCUCCGUCGGCGGACGUUCAGACAACACCGUCGACACCGUCAACAUCGAGAACUGCAGCAUCAGCAACUCGCAGAAUGGCGUCCGCGUCAAGACCGUCUACGGCGAGACCGGCACCGUCAAGGGCGUCACCUACAAGGACAUCACUCUAUCCGGCAUCACCAAGUACGGCGUCGUCAUUGAGCAGGAUUACAAGAAUGGCAGCCCGACUGGCACCCCCACCAAUGGUGUCCCCAUCACCGGCCUCACUCUGAACAACGUCAAGGGUACCGUUUCUAGCAGCGCGACCAAUGUGUAUGUUCUGUGUGCUUCUGGCGCUUGCUCUGGCUGGAACUGGAGCGGUGUUAGUGUCAAGGGCGGAAAGACCAGCAGCAAGUGCAAGAAUGUGCCUAGCAGUGCUAGCUGCUAA